GUUUACAAUAUCUUUGAAGAGCCGCGCCAUCAUAUUUCCCUCCUGACACUUGAUUUUGAGAUCGAAAAUUUUCAAAUUAGUAGCAGAGACAAAAGCAACAAACACAAAGAUUCAACCGACGAUCACCGGAAAGUGGUGAAAUCAUCGAUAAUCGACAAUGGCUCAAGCCGCAAGACUCAAUCUCCGGAUGCAAAAAGAAGUCAAACUCCUCCUCACCGACCCACCUCCCGGUGCUUCUUUCCCUCACCUCUCUCCCACCUCCGAUCUUUCUUCCUUCUCUCUCACCGCCAUCGAUGCCCAGAUCCAGGGUCCCGAAGAUACAGUUUAUGAAAAGGGGGUUUUCAAGAUUAAGAUCCAAAUACCCGAAAGGUACCCAUUUCAGCCCCCUAUUGUAACGUUUGCCACUCCUAUCUACCACCCAAAUAUCGACACAGGAGGCCGAAUCUGUCUUGACAUUCUUAACCUCCCUCCAAAGGGUGCAUGGCAACCAUCUUUAAACAUUUCUACCGUUCUAACAAGCAUUGGAUUGUUACUGAGUGAACCCAACCCUGAUGAUGGCCUAAUGUGUGAAGCAAGCAAAGAGUAUAAAUACAACAAACAAGUCUUUGAUCAAAAGGCACGAUCCAUGACUGAAAAAUAUGCCAAAUCUGAUACUUCAGGGUCAAAGUCAAACACAGGGGUAAAUGAGGAACCUUUAAAUUUAACUCCCCAGUCACAAAUUCAAGAACCAAAGCAAGAUCAUGUAUGGGAGCCGCGCCAUCAUAUUUCCCUCCUGACACUUGAUUUUGAGAUCGAAAAUUUUCAAAUUAGUAGCAGAGACAAAAGCAACAAACACAAAGAUUCAACCGACGAUCACCGGAAAGUGGUGAAAUCAUCGAUAAUCGACAAUGGCUCAAGCCGCAAGACUCAAUCUCCGGAUGCAAAAAGAAGUCAAACUCCUCCUCACCGACCCACCUCCCGGUGCUUCUUUCCCUCACCUCUCUCCCACCUCCGAUCUUUCUUCCUUCUCUCUCACCGCCAUCGAUGCCCGUACCCAUUUCAGCCCCCUAUUGUAACGUUUGCCACUCCUAUCUACCACCCAAAUAUCGACACAGGAGGCCGAAUCUGUCUUGACAUUCUUAACCUCCCUCCAAAGGGUGCAUGGCAACCAUCUUUAAACAUUUCUACCGUUCUAACAAGCAUUGGAUUGUUACUGAGUGAACCCAACCCUGAUGAUGGCCUAAUGUGUGAAGCAAGCAAAGAGUAUAAAUACAACAAACAAGUCUUUGAUCAAAAGGCACGAUCCAUGACUGAAAAAUAUGCCAAAUCUGAUACUUCAGGGUCAAAGUCAAACACAGGGGUAAAUGAGGAACCUUUAAAUUUAACUCCCCAGUCACAAAUUCAAGAACCAAAGCAAGAUCAUGAUCAUGAUCAAGAUAACAUACAAGAAUCCAUUAGGUCAAAGAAACUACGUCUUUCUAGCAAGAAUCUACAACAAGAAGCCAUGGAUUCAACCAAAGACUCCAUUGAUGGACCUUGCUUUAGAAACCCUAAAAGAAAGAAGCUUGGUUUGAGUGGAAAGAAACAAUCUUUAGGGUUUUUAAGCAUACCCCAGAAUAAAGAAAAUGAUUAUAAUGGGAAAACGGGUUCAUUUGGAAGUAACAUGUCAAAGGUGCCACAAGAUGAUAAUGGAAAGUCUACAAAGUUGUCAAGAAAGCCACUUCAAGUUAUGGAAGAAAAUGAUAAUCAUAAGAUGAAGGUAAAAGUAGAGCAUGGAAAUUCGACUACAAGUGAUUUGAAAGAUUGUGGUGAAAGAUCAGAAGGAGAAGGAUUGUGUGAUUUAGGGGAAGUGAUUGUAUUGGAUAGUGAAGAUAGUGAAGAGGAAACAACAAACACCAUGAAAUCUAGACGUUUGAUUGCAAGAAAGAGGUUGUUGGGUAAAUAUUAA